UCACGAUAUCUAUUAGGAACAGGUGUUCUUGUGACCAACCCCGGCCAUACAUCGCGCGUCGCGUUGAUUAACAAUCAGCCCCAAACUCAGUUCCCCAUCCUUCGCCUGCUUUGCCCGUGGAGCUCGUACAUAUGCGCAUGAACUCCGUCUCUCGUUCGGGACUAGCUUUGAUUGGAGCUCAUGUCGGUGCCAAAAGAAGUGAGACAACUCUCGAUUUGUGUCACUGCUGCUCGUAGCCUGCUACUUGGCAUUGAAACACUGCAUCUCAUGCCCAUCAACACAUAAUGGCCACGGCGCAACAGCAGGGGCAGCAGAUCGAUCUCGCCACCCUUUCUGCCCAGCAGUUGUCGCAGGUUAAGAAGCAAUUGGACGAUGAAGUCCAGCACUUGAGCAGUUCCUACCAGAACUUGAAGAAUGCGCAGCAGAAAUUCCGGCAGUGCAUCAAGAAUGUCCAAGAUGGCGUUGCAGAGAGCACGAAAGACAAACCCAUCCUCGUCCCCUUGACAUCCUCCCUCUACGUCCCCGGCAAACUAGCAGACACCGAGCAUGUAAUUGUAGACGUGGGCACCGGCUUCUACGUCGAAAAGACCACCAAGGACGCAGAGACUUUCUACAAUGCCAAGGUGGAGGAGCUUGGAAAAAACAUCAAAGACCUGGAGACGAUUGUCAACGGGAAAGCCAACAACCUGCGCAUGGUGGAGGAGGUGCUGAGGCAGAAGAUGAUUGCUGAGCAGCAGCCUGGACAAGCGGGGGCGAGUGGGAAGUGAAGCAGGCUACGAGUGUUCUGAAAUGCUGCCUGCGGUCCGCAUCUACGUGAUCGAGUCGUGGGGAGUAGUCACGAGCUCCGCAUGGAUUGACAUCGUGGCGGUACUACGAGCAAACCUCGACUCACAAGCAGCGAUGGUGUCGGCACCGAUCUCACGUGCGCGAAUGCUGCCGUGCUGAUCAUAUGCAUCGCCUGAUUUGCCCUACGCUGGCAGAUCAGCCGUGGAACCGGCAGCCUACGAGCAACAUGGCUAGGACUAUUCAUGCUCCAAGGCCACGACCACGGCCUUCACAACGUUUUGCAGAAAAGGCCAACUGCAGGCGUGCGAGAGACAAGCCAGAUAUAUAGUAACAGACCCCACCUGGCUACACUUUGUGCAAUGCAUUGUCGUCAGCUCACGU